GUGGAGCAUGUGUGUGCGUGCGUGUGUGUGUGUGUGUGUGUGUGUGUCUGGGCGCGUGCGUCUGGCUGACCACAGGUAGUGCUCAGAUUACCCUGCCUGUUCUGUUCUCUGCUGUUCUCUACCGUCUGACCAGGACGGUGAGGCUCAGCCAACCCCAGCACUGGAAUUCCCAGGAGCAGGGGGAGCAUGGAAUUUGGACUCUCCUGAGCAACUGAAGUGGAGCACGGAGCUUCCCUGCCCAGGAGAGCACCAUGGACGGCGAACCACGGGGCAGGAACAGCAAGUCCCUGAGGCCAGGGGACCCUCCUGACACCAGGCUCCUUUCAAACCCGUGGAUGGGGGAUGUUGUGUCUGAUUGGACUCCUGUGCACGAAGCUGCCAUCCAUGGACGUCUGCUCUCUCUGAGGAACCUCAUCAGCCAGGGGUGGCCCGUGAACCUCAUCACAGCAGAUCGUGUGUCCCCACUCCACGAGGCCUGUCUCGGAGGUCAUCCCUCUUGUGCAAACAUUUUAUUAAAGCAUGGAGCUCAGGUGAAUGGUGUCACUACUGACUGGCACACCCCGUUGUUUAAUGCGUGUGUCAGCGGCAGCCAGGACUGUGUGAAUUUGCUUCUGCAACAUGGGGCCAGCCCCUACCCGGCGAGUGAUCUGGCGUCCCCCAUCCAUGAAGCAGCUAAGAGAGGCCACGUGGCGUGCGUGGAGACCCUUGUGGCUCACGGGGGCGACGUGGACCAUAACAUUGGCCACCUGGGCACGCCGCUCUAUUUGGCUUGUGAAAACCAGCAGGUGGCCUGUGCCAAGAAGCUUCUCGAGUCAGGAGCCAGCGUGAACCAAGGCCGAGGUCUGGACUCCCCUCUUCAUGCAGUGGCCAGGGCAUCCUGUGGAGACCUGGCACUGCUGCUCAUGGACUUCGGAGCGGACACCCAGGCCAAGAACGCCGAAGGCAAACGUCCCUCGGAGUUGGUGCCUCCAGAGAGCCCUCUGACGCAGCUCUUCUUGCAGAGAGAAGGGCCCCCUUCUUUGCUGCAGCUCUGCCGCCUUAGGAUCCGGAAGUGCUUCAGGACCCGGCAGCAUCACAAGAUCAAUGGGCUUGUCCUCCCUGAGGAGCUGAAACAGUUUCUCCUUCACAUGUAAAUGUGUCAAGGGACUGGCGUCACAAACAACGCACCCCGAGUUGUGGCCACUGGCAUUUUGAAAUAAAGUCAGGUUCA